AUGCCAGACACUGUCUUCUUGAGACAUGUCGCUGCCGGCAUCAUCCUGGAGUCCUGCCGGCCAGAGGAGGUUGGUCGAGAAGGCAUUGACGAAGAUGAGGAGAUGAUGAGGGAGGGCUUGGCUGAGGUUGCGGCCGCAGCCGCUGCCAUCAAGGAGCCCGAGGAAGACCCUCUACAGAUCAAGGCUCCAAACAGAAAUGCUGGUGCAGCUGUCAGUAAGGUGCAGAAUGCUGGGAUGGAUUUGGGCUUCUUCAACUUCACAGGUUUCCAAACGAAGAAGGCCGAGCCAGACUCUGCACCACCAGCAGCAAAGAAGCCCAGAAUAGUGCCCGCAUGGCUCACAGAAGGUGCUGCCGUCCAAGUUCGCGGUGAGGCCCACGCCGAGGGCACGAUCCUCGAGGUCAAAGGCGACAUCUGCAGGGUGCGCAUACUUCGGUCAGAAGGAGGUGAUGCAAGAGAAGUGGAGGAGGUGCUGCCGUUGCCUGCAAUGAUCCCGGUUGCGCCGGACAUCGGGAGAAGUGUCAAGGUGGUUGCGGGAGACCGGACAGGUGUCAUAGGCAAGCUUGUGGGUCUGGCUGGUGCAGAAGCUGUUGUACAGAUUGGCGGGAUGUGCUAUGAGACCUUGCCGAUGACACAGAUUGCAGUGGUUUCUAUCUGA